AUGUUCCAGGCGAUGUCCUUUUUGAGAGCGUUGGCAGCUCGACGAGCACUCGAACAGGCUCGACCCCUCUACUUUGACGGAAAACCGAGUGAAAGCGCCUUUGAAAUGGAAACCGACGCCAUGCUGGAUGACUUGUACUACAUUGGUGUUCAUGUACGUCGCGGAAUGGAUAUCGCGAUGAACACCUCGGAACCUUCGACACGGUCAUCGAGCCGAUCCGCACUGACUAACUGGAUAAAAGAGCGAUGGAAGAAUGGCAGCGAAGGAAGGAGAAUGUCAUGCAUAAAUCCUAGCAGAACCCUCCGCGUGUGCUCGGACAAUCCAACAUGGGCGAAGAAGCACCUUCCAGCAUACGAUAAAGGAAUGAUAUUCGCCUGCCCAGGAGUUCAUCGCGAAGUCGACAUGGCGAUUCUUUUACACUGUGACGCACUUGUCCUUUCUACUGGGACUUUCUCUUGGUGGAGUGGAUUUCUCAACACAAAGUCCGAAAAGACUAUUUACUAUGAUGGCUGGCCACAAGACGGAUCGGAUCUCAUGUUGAUGGUCAACAAAACCGAGCUUUACCCGAGCUCAUGGAUUCCACUUUUAUAA